GACCCCCGGUCUAACCCGAAACCUAAUUAAGCGCAUCACUGGUCAACCCCACUGCCAUUUCUCUGGAGUUUAAAAGGUCACCGGACAUUUGCGUUACAAUACCAACAGGACACACGAUGGCGUCCAUCGCAAUUGUCUCCGUGCUGUAAUGGCGAUGUUGCUUUGGUUGUUCCGCAAAAGGAAUAUUUAGUCUUGGGUUUGUAAGAGCUUAAAAGAAGUCUAGAAUACCUCUAGUGGUAAGUGCCAUAUCGACACAAUACCUGUUGUAGAUUCUACGGAGCUUGCUUUAGCAAAGGCCGCCACACAUAACUGCAGUCACGUACAACAUACGACAGUAUAAAUGGACGGUCAUGCCAGUUCUGAUACAGGGACUUAUCUGCGAAAGAUAUCCUGUAGGCUGUAAGGGCGUGCGUGAUGGGUUCGUCAUAAUCACAACACUCUUGUUUACCAUCUUGUUUUCAAGAUCGGCAAAGUAAACCUGCCCCAACUAGUUUUCUUAGCUCAGGAGACGUUUCUGCAAACAACAUGAGGUCGGCCUAAGUCUAUUGUGGACUUUUUUCUACAAGCACGUUUUCUUAUUCCUCCAUGCUACAUGUACGAGCCAAGGCCUGUAGUAUAACCCUUAUGCUGGGGUUGUACCGUCGAACCACAGAGCAAGGAUCCAUGGUCAAACAGGAUUAAACCAGUUGGGUUAUGUAGUCUACACACAGCUAGAAAAUGUCAACAAACUGAAUGAAUAAGGAGUUAUUGGGCCCAUACCUACUGCUUUGCAACCAGCCAUAAAUAUUGUAGUCCAGGUGUGUGUAGCCGAUAUUGCAAUCAUUUUUGUAUUGUCCAAGUACAUUUAGGCUGAUUGCAAACACAGCAGUUGAAUUUACAGGCUUAUUGAGGACAUGCCAAGCCCAGGGGCCUAUACUGUCAACCACGUCGGUUCGUCUUCGUGAGGCUGUAACAACUUAUUUUCAACUUCGGGAGCGCUGAACUUAGUUGACUUGUAGUGGGACCGGGUUGACCUGGGACUCCGGCCACGUUCGUUUCGUACUGAGCUGACCUGCAUCCGACACAGCACAGUGUCCACGCCCUCAUCGUCAUGAAUUUAACUCAUCAUUUCUGAUUGGUGACCAUGGCGGGUAGACUUGCGGGCAUCAGUUUGGCGAGGCUUGCAGACACAUCGUGGCGAAUAUGUCGGCCAAUCCGUGUGGUACGCGCAUCAGGAAACAGGUUCGGUUCAAUCAAGCCAUUGAUGAGACGUACAUCGGGCCAAGACGGUUUAUCAGUCAUGCUGACGAAGAGCUACUCCUCAGCACAAUCUGAACACGCAGUCUUUGCCCCGCCCAUAUCGCUGGAGGAUCAUGCCGGUGCCCAGAAUGGAGCCAAGACGGCAAGUGACGUUCGGCUGGAUGAGGAGAGUAAGCAACUUGUCGUGUCGUGGGAAGGUGGCCGGAGUCAGGCUUUCCCGUUUGUCUGGCUCCGUGACAACUGUCGCUGCCCGCGUUGCUUCCACUCAAAGGCCUUGGCUCGCUUAACCUACGCCCAUGAGCUCAGUGUCGACAUCACGGCCAAAUCCGUUGAGACGUCUCCCGACUCUGAUGCCGUCACCAUCCGGUGGGCAGACGGACACGAGAGCCAGUUCCCCUUUCACUGGCUGGGGGCCUACUGCUUCGUCGACUCCCAGCAAGACCAACUCCUGGAUCCGAAGUUCGACUUUUGGGGCGCUGACAUCGAUCUUCAGAGCUUCGACUUUGGUGAGCUGCUUACGAACGACCGGGCCUUGUACAAGUGGCUAGCAGAGCUGGUGAGUCGAGGCAUUGCGGUGGUUAAGAACGCUCCGUCCGAGGUGGGUCAGCUUCACAGGCUUGGGGGACGAGUUGCCUUCCUGCGGCCCUGCAACUACGGACCAACAUUCCAAGUGAAGAGCAAGGUUGAUCCGAGCAACGCAGCUUACACAAGCGGUCCCUUGGCUUUGCACACCGACCUGGCCUAUUACAUUCGACAACCAGGGAUCCAACUGCUACACUGCAUAGAGCAGGCGGAAUGCACCGGCGGAGAGAAUCUCUUCUCUGACGGCUUCAAGGUAGCCAGGGAUCUGAGGAAGGAUGACCCAGAGGCGUUUCGGCUCCUGUCCACAGUUCCGUUCGAGUUCUUCGACGUGGGUACAGAUUAUUACGGCGCCUUCCACCAGCACGCUAGGCAUCCGACCAUUGAACUGGAUGAACGUGGGGAAGUUGUCUCCGUGACUAUCAGCGAUCACAGCCGGGACCCCAUGCUGAGGGCUCCUCUCCACCAGGUGCAGCCUCUCUACCGAGCUCUGAAUAAGUACUGCAACAUGCUUCUCGACCCGCAAAAUGUUUUCAAAUACAAAAUGGACACAGGAGACAUCAUGACGUUCAACAACCGGCGUGCCCUGCACGGCCGCAGCUCUUUCCAAGUGACCAAGGCCAGUGGCCGCCAUCUUGAAGGGAGCUACCUUGAAUGGGAUGAGGUCAACUCGCGUCUGCGUGUCCUGGCAGCACAGCUCAAGAUAACGUCAGAUAAAUGAAAACAUGAAAAUGACGCACGAUCCAUUUCUCGGGAAACCUGGCAACGUUACGGAUAUUCCGUAGCCAUUUGUAAUACAGACAAAGGUGUAAAUAGGGGAGGCUGCGUGUACCACGUGGGCGUACGAGUAGAGAGUCCUUAUCCAAAGAGAGAGAAACGGUCGUUUUCUGAUGACGACUGUAUCACUCUCCUUGAACUUUGAAGAACUAUGCAGGAAAUUGUGUAUAUGACGCCCAUAUGGUGGACUCAGUAGGACGAAUGACGGGAAAGUUCACUCUCCCACAGCGCCCUGUGGGUUCGUUGGGAUGGUGGGAUUUCUUGGCGCCCUCAUUGGAUAGAAUUUGUGGGAACACUUGACCUGCAGCAAUAGAAUCGCACCAAACGGAGCAAGCGAAAUAGUUUCUUAUAGCAAAAUCUGCACCAAAACUAAAGGUACAAAGUUGUACACAGCGUUGCUCGUCAAAGAGGCGUAUAGCUAACUCAUAAAUGAGUCUGUCUGUUUGUUCGCCUACUUGCCUCCCUGCUUAUUCCUUUGGUAUUUCUUUUCUCUCCCCCCCCCCCAUGCAUGGAGAUCAUUUGGGAGCAUUUGGCUCAUGUUGUUAAACCAUGGUGUGCUUACCACUGAAGGCAUGCUUGAUCGUUGCAAUACACGUUGUGUUCUUAUGCUUUAUAACAGACUUAACAGAACCGACUUCUGGACGCAGGAAUGGGCCAUUUUCCUCGUUAACUUCGUUCAUUUUGUUCGUCUUGUUUAUAGGUCGUAUACCUUUGAUUUGACUUGUAGUUUAUGACUCCUGGUUAUAUUUUGGUAAGCCUUUUAGCUGCAGUAUCGCUCGCAAGAUUUGACUGAUGUUCGAUACGAGUAUGUAAUUUCUAGAAACAGCAUGCAUCCCUUUGAUUGCUAAAAAGCAAAUGAGUUAAUACGUGCAUCUUAAGGAACACCGGUAGUUUUGCUAUAUGUACACCAAAUUCUCUAAUAAACCAACAUGGUGCACGUUGUUAUGGAAGUCUGAAGUGUGUGAGACUUGAAUGAAGAAUAUAACUGUACUUCAUCUAGAGGAAAAUCCCCAGAUUUUAUAGCGUCAUGAGAUAUGGUUGAUAAUUAUAAAUUAUGUAAAAGUUGUCAGGAUUCUGUGAAUUAGGCAAUGAUCGAUAAAAUAAAGCCCGCGUAAAUUUCUGUACACAUUCAGAAUUCAUAAAA